AAAAGGUAAACAAAGUCUUAUAGUUUUAAAAGAACAAAAUCUGUGACAAUAUGAAUAAUUUUCUGGUUGCCCAUUUCUUUAGAAUCUUGGUAAAGCUGCGCUGCUUUUGGAAGGAACUAUACCGAACUUGAAGGUUCUUGGAAUUGACUAUGAACAUGAGCUUCAAACACUAGAGGUUGAUUUGCGUUUGCUGCAAAACCCCAACAUUGUCGAAGACGCAAGGGGAAAUAUGUUUGCUGAAGAUGACAACGGUCGCCUGUUCUACGUCGGUGGGAACGUGAACGAACGGCCAGCAGUUUGUGACAAUGACAAACCAAUAAUUACCAGUACAAUUCGCAGGUUUGCGGGAAAUUCCAAAGAUGUCUGA